UGGUCCGACUUGUGACCAUAUAAUAGUUACUGGGGCAAGCUUCAUUUUGCCUCUUUUGACUUUAGUUUACGACAUGAAUCAUGAUGGAACUCGGUGAAGGUGCUGUAGGCCAGCUCAGCUCCUAUUUUCAACCAUAGUGCAUUUGUACUGUUUCAUCACACCAUGACUCUUGGAUGACCACGUUGAUCACCAUUUUCAGCUCUUCAUUUUACUAUAAAUACUCAACCCACCCUCCCUCUCUCUCUCACUGACACACACACACACACACACAGAGUUUACAGGGAAAGAAAUGGGUGUUUUGUGUGGACCAUAUAGUUACUCAAGAAUGGAAAAUGAAGACUACGAAGAGGUAAACCACCGACGAGCCCAGUUCUUGAUUUACAAGGUUAUGCAGAAAGCAGAUUCUGCGAGAAAACCUUCAUGGUUAAAAGUGAAAAUAUUCAAGUUGAAGGUUAAAGUUGGAAAGAGAUUCAAGAGUUUGAGAAAGAGCAUUUCAUCAACUGUGUCUUCUGCUAAAUCUGGUGUUUGCAAGAAAAUUAACUGUCAGUUGAAAGCUUGGAAGCCCCUGAUCCAUGGCAUGGCAGAUAGGAAGUAGUAUUCUCCCAACCAAAAUGUUGAGUUGAAUUAAGUUUUUCCCUCUUUAUUGUUUCUAAGAAGAAAAUUUUGGGAUAAUAAUAAACAUCUACAGUUUUCAAUUUCAA